UUCGUCCUGGGUUUGGAAUCUGGAGUUUCUGAAACCCUCUACGCUUCAUCUCUGUCGCUGAACCCCCUCGCCUGUCUGGACUCUGGCUGGCUGGCUAACCCUUUCCAAACACUUGACACCGCUUGUGCCUACGGGGCUCGUCCAUGCCAGUCGACCUGUGGCUCAAACAACCUUGCUCUGGGGUUGCUCGUUCCUGACACACCAGGAGGUCAGCUUGUGUCAUCCUCCACACUUGGAAACAUUUCCAGCCUCAAGGAAAUCACCAUGGACCACUUCAAGGCUUUCCAGCAACGUCGCCGACGCGUGCCAAGUCACUCACAUAAGAGUCUUCGAAUCCGAACUUCUACGUCCAUAUUGCCUCUAACAUUCCUUUUCUUGCCUCACUGUGUGAGUGUGUAUUUUGCCCUGAUUUCCUUGCGCUUCUUACGUUCCUUAUCCAAUUCUCACCCGCGUUGAUCGCGAGAGAAUCGUCUUUCGUUCGAACCCUGUCUUUUGGCGGUUUGAAUUUGUCAACCGUUGACUCCUCUACAUCGUCGUCUUGCCUGUUUUCGUCAGACAAUUCUUCUCCCGUCUCUUUCAACCUCAAAGAUGAAGACCACUCAACUCCUGGCGGCUGCGGUUGCCACCUUGGGCUUCGCCUCAUCCGUCAUUGCCCAGAACAACCGCGGGAACAACAAUAACAAUAAUAACGGCGGCAAUAACAACAACAACAACAAUAACAAUAACGGCGGCAAUAACAACAAUAACAACAACAAUGGCGGCGGCGGCGGAAAUCAACUCCUCCUUCUAGCUGAAAACGUGCAAGAUGCUUCCAACAGCCCUGGAGAACCUGAUGUUGCUGCUGGUCAAUCGAACUCUGCUACUGAUCCGGCCAACUUUAUCAAUUUCUGUACUGGCAAGACCAAGACCAAUGGUCAACAAGUGACGGGCGGAUCUUGCAACGGCAUCGUCAUGGGUGAAAUUCCUUCGAAUGACAACAUGGUCUCAUCAAUUGUCGUGUUCCCUGGCCCGGGUGAGGACAUUGCAGCCGACACCGAAUUCAAUGUCCAGGUGCAGAUUACCAACCUGGUCGCUGGCUCAUUCACCGAUCCUGUAAACACUUAUUAUGCCUCCCCUCAAGCUUUACAGGGUGGCAGAAUUGUUGGUCACUGCCACGUAACCAUUCAGGACCUCAACAACAAUAUCGCAACCAACCAGCCUCCGGACCCAAAGACGUUUGCAUUCUUCAAGGGAAUCAACGACAAUGGUGAUGGGAACGGCCGCUUGCAAGCCGUCGUCGCUGAUGGUCUACCUGCCGGCACAUAUCGUGUCUGCACCAUGAACUCGGCCUCUAACCAUCAACCCGUACUUAUGCCUGUUGCUCAACGAGGAGCUCAAGAUGAUUGCAACAAGUUCACUGUCGGCCAAGGCGGUGGCAACAAUGGUGGCAACAAUGGUGGCAACAACGGCGGUAACAACGGUGGCAACAACGGUGGCAACAACGGCGGCAACAACGGCGGCAACAACGGUGGCAACAACGGUGGCAACAAUGGUGGCAACAAUGGCGGCAACAACGGCAACGGCGGUGACAAUGGUGGCAACAACGGCGGCGACAAUGGCGGCAACAACGGCAACAACGGCAACGGCGGUGACAAUGGCGGCAACAACGGCGGCAACAAUGGUGGCAAUGCCCCUGCGCCUCCUACGCCCAGUGCUCCUGCCACAGGCAAUGGUGGCACUGGACGUUUCGGUAGCCGGGGUGGACGUGGCAAACGCGGACGCUUCAACCGAGGAAGAUUCAGUGCCCGAGAUAUCAUUGCAUGAGCUGGGGAGCUUCUGAGAAGACGCUAGUUUCGUUUCAUUCACGACAUUGGAGACACGUGCCCGGGAGCAUGCGACCCAACAUUUCACCAUGGUCAAAUGACGACAUGCAUAGAAAUGGUAGGGGUGCACGGAGCAAAUCCCUUCCCUCUAGAUUCCCUGGACGAAGAAUCUGGAGAUGCACCAACGAGGAAAUUUUCUUGUGCAGACGCGUGGUACCUCGAGAGUUCCUUGAGGAACGGGUUCUGGACCUUGGGAGGAAGGGGAAGGGAUGGCAUUCCCGGUGUUGGCGUUUUGUUACUUAUGCUUUUGGCAUGUUUUGACCGGUGUCGGAGCUGGGCGGAGUGGGAUCCUUUGAAGGGAGAUUCCCCGCCCUGAUCAUUGCUCGCAUAGACCCUGGAUGUCAUAUAUGGUUGGCCAACCAAACCCGUAGAGAUAGUUAGAAAAAGGCAAAGACGAUUUCUGAACACCGC